ACCAACACAACAACUCCUUACCCAUGCACAUCCAAUAUUUCUCUAACCCCCACAAGACACAAGCCAAUCUCAUGGAAAGAUCCACAAAAUUUUCAUAUCUAUCAAUACUAUGUCUUGUUACAGCACUGUUGACGAUCUUGACUGUACCUGUUAACGGCCAGUCGAGCACGUUAUGCACUGGACCUAUGCUCCGCAGCUUCGGCUCCUGCAUAAAUUUUCUUUCAAGUGGGUCAAAUGCAUCUUCACCAACUUCAGCUUGCUGCAGUUCUUUAAGAGACCUCAUGAGCAAUGGGCAAGAUUGCUUGUGCCUUAUUGUCACUGGAGGCGUCCCGUUCCAAGUCCCCAUUAAUCGGACCUUGGCAAUCUCUCUUCCUCGUGCUUGUAGGAUGUCGGGUGUGCCCAUUGAGUGCAAAGCCACUGCAAGCCCAGUUCCAGCUCCAGAUUCAGGAACUCCAGGCCAGGGUGGACCACUAUAUCCUGGAUUAUCUCCUCCAAGUCCUACAGUUCCAUUUACUCCCCAGCCCUUCACACCGCCGUCGUUGGGACCAGGAGGCCGCAUGACGCCGCCUCUGGCACCGGAAGGGGACUUAGUUCCGACUCUGACGCCGCCCGGAAUGCGGCCAACUUUGACUCCGUCGGCGGCGCAGCCGUCUCUUAGUGCUUUGCCAUCUCUUCUUGUAGCAGUAGUGUUUGGAGUCAUUCUGGUGAAGUGGCAUUGAUAUGUAGGGGUUGUUGUGUUUCCAUGUUUUGUGCACAAUUGUUUUUUGGGAUAAUUCAGUCACAUUUUUUAUUCAUUUGAUGGUGUACAAAAUUAGUGUCAUGAGUUUAUGGAAAAUAAUAUUUGCUUUGUUGGUUUUAUUUUUAAUUUUUAUUUCAAGAUAGUAGAGAAAGAUAAAGAUAUGUAUAUGUAUUUUUGGGGAAAUUUUAAUGUGU